AUGGACGAACGCGCCGGCAGACGACUCGACGUCCGUGCCCGCUUGGGCCCGCAGGGAAAUGUACAUCAAAGGCUAGGCCCCCAAGGAAGUCAGCUAAACAACCAUCGCCACGAGGAUCGCGAAGAAAGGCGCUCAGCUGUCAACUCACAGAGAAGCGCUCUCGAAAGGCUAGGCCCCCAGGGAGGCCAGUUGGACGACCCUCACAAUGAGGACCAUGAGGAAAGACGCUCCGUUACUCACUCUCGGAGAACCAAUUCUCGUCGACAAGCUACAGAGAAUCUCUCGCAGGCGCAGUCCACCAACACUCCAACUAGGCAGCCCAGGCGAGAAGGUCGACCCUCGGAGGACAACGAGGAAGUCAGUCAAUAUCGUGGAGGUCGCCAACGUAACCGACCAGCAAUGUGCGCAGAAGACGUUGAGAAACUCGUGAAUGACCGACUUCGAGACUUGAAAACCGGAGAAAACUUCGAGGAUUCACUACGUAAGGAGAUGGACCAGGUGAGCUCUACGCCUUUCACCCUCGAUAUCGAGCAGGCCGCUCACCCGAAGCGAUUCUCGACACCCUCAUUCAUACACUUCAAAGGGGAUUCUGAUCCCGAGAGCCACUUAAAACACUUCAAAAGUGUUAUGAUCCUCCACCAGGCUGACGACGCGCUAAUGUGCAAGGUAUUUACGAUAACCUUGCGAGGAGCAGCCCAAGACUGGUUCCACACCCUACCAUCCAGGUCAAUCAGCAGCUUCAAGGAGCUAGCUUACGUCUUCACCAAAGAAUACACCUCUUACCGGACAAUCAAGAAGAACCCUGAUCACCUGUACAACCUGCGCAAGAAGUCUGACGAAUCCCUUCGAGAUUACAUCAAGAGAUUCAAGGCAGAAAAGGCGAACAUUGUAGGAUGUGACGACCGAAUCGCGUCCUCCGCUUUCAAGAAAGGUCUUCCAGCUGAGCACGACUUGUACCGCGAGCUGACUAUCACUCCCAGCCAGACUCUGGCAGAGGUCUACGCGACUGCGGAACGCUACGCGCUCUGGGAUGACGAUCGAAUUGCCGCAAAGAAGUCUACAAAGCAGGAAGAUCAGCCAACUAAGCGGGCAGGCCAAAAAGGCGACGGAUUCAACAACCGAAACAAAGACAAGCGCAGGUCGCACCCACAAGGGGAGGCUACGGCAGGAGAGAACUACACAAAGUUCACCAUCCCCAUACAUCAAAUCUUAGCCCAAGUGAAGAACAAACCUUGGGUAAGAAGACCACCGCCCUUGAAGGGAGAUCCGGACAAGAGGGACACUAGCAAAUACUCGCAUCUUGAGGAACUCGUGAGAGAAGGCCACUGCACUGAAUGCAUUGCGAAGCAGGCCAUCCAACGGAUUGAAGAUCGAGACAUCGCCAAAGAGCCGCCUCAGAAGGUCAUAAGGAUUAACACAAUCCUAGCCGACUCUGAGGAGUCUGGGCUGACCAGCAAGGAAAAGAAGAGGAAGAUCAAACAGGCCACUGUGAUCUCCCAAGUCUCGACCGACCUUCCACUAGCAGGAGACGAUCCUAUGAUCGACUUCCGAAAGAAAGAUCUGAUUGGCCUCGACACGCCGCAUAACGACGCCCUUGUCAUCAGCAUUCAAAUCGCUCAGGCCAUGGUCGACCGAAUCCAUGCAGAUGAGGGCAGCGCAGCCAAUAUCCUACAACUGGCGGUCAUCCAACAGAUGGGCUUGGAGACAAAGAUCAACAAGUUAGCCAGAUCGCUGACUGGCUUUAAUGGUGCAACAGCGGUUACCGUGGGCACGAUAAACCUCGACGUCUACUCCCCACCUGUGGUCAGCUUGCAAACAUUCAUGGUCAUCAAUGAGGUCUCACCCUACAACGGCAUCCUAGGCAGACCAUGGAUUGGCAAGAUCAAUGUCAUCACCUCCGCCACGCAUCAGAAAAUUCGGUACCCAAUCCCUGGGGGCGGUGUCGGCCAAAUCAACAGCGAUAAGCAAUGGCGAGGAAAUCAAUCAAAGCGUCAGGGCCAAGCUGAGGAAAUCCGUCCAGAGGUCUUUCCGGAAGAAGGAUGGAAACCCGAGGAGGACGUCGAGUUAAUACCCUUGGAUCCUGACCAGCCAGACAGGAAAGCGCGGAUCGGCUCGCGCUUAAGCCCAGAAGAGAAGGUGGAGUUUACCACAUUCCUCCAGAGCAACAAAGACAUGUUCGCAUGGUCGCCAUCAGACAUGCCUGGCAUCGACCCAAAAAUCAUCUGUCAUCGACUCCACGUCAACCCCGCGUGCAAGCCAGUGGUGCAGAAGAGACGCAACUUCGCACCCGAGCGAGUCGCUAUCAUCGAAGCCGAGAUUGACAAACUCCUAGUUGCCGGCUUGAUCGAAGAGGUCUCCUACUCAGAAUGGCUUGCCAACAUUGUCUUGGUGGCAAAACAAGAAAAGGGCAAAUGGAGAGUUUGCGUCGACUACACAGACCUCAACAAGGCAUGCCCUAAAGACAACUUCCCAUUGCCGAGAAUCGACCAACUCGUGGAUUCCACUUCUGGCAAUCAGCUGCUCAGCUUCAUGGACGCCUACUCCGGCUAUAACCAAAUCCUGAUGCACGAGGAUGACAAGGCGAAAACUUCUUUCAUCAUCGAGAGAGAUCACAUUGGAAAUCUUGCUGAGUCAUUCAGUUUGCUCCGCCAGUAUCGCAUGAAGUUGAAUCCAAGUAAAUGCACGUUUGGUGUAUCCUCCGGCCGAUUCUUAGGAUACCUAGUCACGCAACGAGGUAUCGAGGCACACCCACGUCAAAUCAAAGCCAUUCUCGAGAUGAAAUCGCCCUCCACGGUGAAGGAAAUACAAAGCCUGACGGGCAGAGCAGCGGCCCUCAACCGACAAGUGCAGACCAUUCUUCAAAGCUUUGAAGAAAGGACAAAGAGACAAAUGGGACGAGGAGUGCGAAGUAGCUUUCCAGAGUCUGAAGACUUACCUCACCUCACCUCCUCUGCUCUCAAAGCCAGUCCCUGGUGA